ACCGCUUUGGCCUCAGCAGCUUCUUCGGACGGGGACAAGCGGGAACAAACGAACUCGCAUUGCCGUUUUUUGUGCUGUCUUAUACGGAAACACCUCGUUGCUAACUGAUCGCAUAUUACCAAAGCCACGUUUCUCGGAGCAUUGAAGCUAUCGAGCUUGCCACGAGUCGCUUUCAAGGCCUGCGAAUGCUGUGGUGUGUUUCCCAAGGCAAACGCCGAUGUAUGUCACUGCUGAAUCACUACUAGGCGAAUGAUGGCCGGACAUGCACCAUCACAAAUUAGAAGGAAACUUCCUGGGAUCGUGGGCAGACAGGAGUGUGGAGUUGGCCUGAGCCACUACGUAAGUAGGAACUCAAGUUGCCAUCUUGCGGACAAACACCUCCUGCCUCUAACGUUGUGCAUCAUUACUGCUUCAAACAAACCAAAGGCCUUUCCGUCAUAUGUCUCAUGAUUAAACCCCCAGGAAGCCCUUUCCUCCCAGAUUAUGGCAGCUGAGAAAAGCUCUGAUCCCAUCAUCGUUGGCCUCUAUGGCCUUCCUGGUAGUGGCAAAUCUUACCUCCUACGCCAUCUCAAGACAUACUUCGGUGUUGGAAAUCGGUUCCAGUACUAUGAGGGAUCCGAGGUCAUUGGGAAUCUCGUCGGCGGCGGUCUGGAAGCCUUCAAGCGACUCGACAAGGACACUCAAAACCUGCAACGAAAGCGAGCCAUUCAACUCAUUGCCGAUGAAUGUAUCACUAUCACUACUGGACGUAUUGGCAUCGUCACUGGUCAUUAUUCAUUCUGGAACGACAAGAAUUCUCCCCGCGAGAUCGUGUGGACUAUGAGCGACAUGCGCGUUUACACUCACAUCCUCUACUUGGACAUGUCCGCUAACAGGCUAUGUCGAAGACGCCCUGAUCUACAGCCCGGUCACCUUUCCAAGUGGCGGAAUGCCGAGAUGGCCGGUCUAUCCCGUCUCUCACGUCUAAAUGGCAUUCAACACAUGUUGCGCAAUCUUGUGACACAAGACGAAGAAAAUCUCGGUCGUGUAAUAAAGGAGACUGACCUAUUGCUGUUUUCGAACCGAGACGGAGAUCUGUUGGAUACGGGGUUGGUGUUGGACGCGGAUCGAACGCUGUGCGCUGUGGACACGGGCACGAUGUUCUGGGAGAGACUUAAAGCAACUUCGAAGAGGCAUGACCAGGAUCGGAUCUGGGACGUUCCAGAGAUCUUUGAAGAUCAUUGGCUCUGUGAUGACCCCGUAUGUCCCCUGAAGAGGCUAUUCAGCGAGAAGAACUACUCCUUUGCUUCCUUUAACCAGGCAAUGUCGUUACACGAGUACGUCGACGGCGCUUUCGACGAAGUAUGCAAGGAAGUCGCCUCUGCUGUCUCGCUAUAUCCAGAGUUCAUGGCUCUUAUUCACGCCCUGGAGCGUCAUCGAGGCUGUGGCCUUCGUCAAAUCUGGAAACUGAUAUUGGAGAGAGAGGGCCUCGAUGACAGCGUGGAGAUUAUUGGCGGGGGCCGUUUCGCUGAUUGCUACGUCAUUAUCCCUGAGGCUAAGGCCGUUGUUGUCUCCCAAUUCCAAGCCCAAGGUGUGUCUGUCUGGGCUUUCGGAGACAGUCCGAUGGACCUUCCCAUGCUCAAGAUGGCCGACCAAGCUAUCGUCGUCGUCGGCGAGAAGCGUCUCAGGAGCAAGACCAUGGACGCUGAGUUGGUAAGGGCCAUCACUGACGACAAAGACUUUCUUCCAAGACAGGCUUUGAUCCAGAAUCACUCCACACCCCGCCUCACUCCAGACCAGUUGCCGAUUGUCGAGAUUUCUGGCCAAGCUUUCAUGGAAUCUUUCUUCUAUCGCUACGCCAACCUCCGAGUUCUACACGCCACUAAGAAGAGUGCAAGCAAACUCCUCAUGACUCCGACACGCGACGCGUCUGUGGCUGGUCCCAGUCUCAGAGCGGCCCAUGGACAUGUUGGACGAUACCUCGCCACCGAGUUUCUGACGGAGCUGCUCGGGCUAGAAUACUUCCCGAUACCUCAUGUUCAGGGCUACAAGACCGAUGGCCAUCGCCUCGUCGACGAGAGUCGAACAGCCAUCGUUACUCUUAUGCGCGGUGACGAACCCAUGGCUUUUGGCGUCAGCGAAGCAUUUCCGAGUGCCAUCUUCAUCCACGCCAAAAAUGCUACCGAGAUCACGAAGAAGACCCUUGGAGGCAUGAAAACGCUCCUUUUGGAGUUCGUUGACCACAUUCGGGGGCUGGAGCUGGGUAUUCGCAUCGUCGUUGUUGCCUGUGUGGUUCAAGCUAAGGCUAUCUCGCAUGUCUUGGAGCCACUUGCCUGUGAGGGAGACCUCAGUCUCGUCGCACUUCGAUUGUCGGACAAUAAGUUCACUGGAAGCGGUGGGACGGACACUGGUAAUCGGCUUUUCAACACUGUACAUCUGGAUUGAUAGGAUUUGAAGUGGGAUUUCCCGAUUGGAGCUACGAGGCUGUACGAGUGUGAGAUAGAUCUAUGGUCUGGGGGCUCAUUGAAAAUAUGAAGUUAUUUCUUGUUGCUGCAGCUUUAGAUGAAUAUCAAGACUGAGAUGAAAUUGAAUCUAUGGCGUUUG